AUGACUGGAGCAUACAGACGGGUGUUUCAGAAACCUAAGGACUAUGACUGGGAACUGCUUACAUAUACGGAUGGAAGUAUACAACUGGCGCAGACAGAUAUGGACAUCAUUGCCAAGUCAAGAUCUGCAACCAUGGCCAGAGAGGGGGGUGCAGCUAAUAGAAAUGAGGAGGAAAUUCUUCCAGUUAGUUGUGAGGCAGGAAGCCUUGAAAAUAAUACAAUUCUUUCAGCAGAAAAUAAUGAAGCAAAAUGUAAAAGAGAAGUGGGCUCUCAUAGGGCUCUCAAGUUGGGUUUUACUCUCCCGGCUUCUUGCUACGCAACUAUGGCCAUAAGAGAGCUGCUGAAAAUAUCAACUUCUUGCACAUGCCGGCUUGCACAUGUAACAAAAGAGAACACAAAGAAGCUGGUGGCAUAUGAACUGGGGAUGGCAAUGAGGCUGCUAACUGGUUGCAGAUGCUAA